UUCCGCUUCCGUGUCCUUGGUUGCACUCUGUGGUAUCACGCUGCAAAAGCAUUCAGGAAAAAUGGCAAAAUUAAGUAAAGAGACCAAACAGCGGCUGCAGCAACUGUUCCAGUGUGGACAAUUCGUCAUCCGAUGGGGAUUUAUUCCUACAGUGCUGUACUUGGUUUACUUUGGGGUUGAAGAAGGAUGACGUGCACCUGCGUCAACAACCUCCACCCGAAGACCACGACGAGUUGGCCACAUGAAAGUCAAUUCACGACAAACAGGAACCCGACGACAUUGAGCAGUUACAGGAAGCAAUCACCUGACACAAUCCCCGGACCAAGUGCUGGGCCGACGGUAAAUAAGUCAUGCUCCCAGAGUUUUCCCUGCGCUGGCCGUGCUGUGAGAAACGGUUUCCUUUCCCAUGGACCAUACCCAGCUAAAGACAAGAUACAUUUGGCCAGAAUCAUACGAGUGUGUAUAUGCGGUUACCCGCGGCAACAGAUACGGCGCUAUAAAGGUAUUAGCACACGGAUGACGGUUACAUCAGAGUUCUUGGUUCAGCUCCUCACAGGGAUACACUACGCAUUGUGUAACGGAGAAGCGGAACUCGGAUCCAAAGCUUUGGAUGACGUCCUGUAUCGGGCCCAGCUCGAGUUGUUCCCGGAAGCGCUCUUGGUGGGCAACGCCAUCAAGUCGACGCAGCAGGGCGCGGCUCUGAAAAGCAACACCAAGGAGGGUGCACGUAGCAUCCAGGUGGAGAUCACACCCACCGCUUCCAGGAUCUCUCGGAAUGCUGUCACGUCGCUCUCUAUCAGGGGCCACCGCUGGAAACGACACGCAGAGUCCCAGGAGGUGAGUGUAGACAGUGAGGCCGCGCCGGGGGGCGUGGCCAUCCCCGAUAUCAGUGUGACGGGCGUGAGCAGCGAGCGAAUGCCCAACGGAGAAUCCCUGCGAGCGCGCUCCGACGGCCGCACCUACCCGGACGGCGAAACUUUGGGAGGUGCCUCCGAUGUCAGCCCGGAACCCCGAAGUCAUGAGUCCAGCAUGCGGGGGCAGGAGGUCAGGAGGCAGAAGUCUGUGAGGCGAAUGCUGGAAAACGAGAGUUCUGGGUCGGCCUCCAUAGGGAGGAGCCAGCACUAAGUUCUUCCUUCCCCUUGCCCCAAUCCUGGGGUAACCUAGACGCAGUGGAUCUGGGUUCCCCGGAUGAGCUGAUGGAUAUUUCGGAGGAGACGUCCGUCAAACGUCUCACGCUCACUUCGAGCCAGUCUGUGCCCAAAGCAGGAGCUCUCACCAGCUUGACACGCACGGCCAGCGCCGUGUUCUCUCGCUCUUUUGAGCAGGUAGCUGCCGGUACCACCCCGGCCCCUGGCAACCACACUGCCCCAGAAUCUGGCACUUAUUCAUGCAGCCUGCAGGAGGAAGGGACGGCCUAUUUAAACCACUCGCAACGUUCGCCAAGUAUCAGCGCGCACCUUGGCUCGGACCUUUGAAAUGGUUUUAUGAUGAACCUUUGGAUUUGAUCCUGUGAUUCUGCACCAGUAACCUGGAGCUGUAAGCCAUGCCAACCACUAGGGACCACGAACAUUUUUUUUUUCUUUUCCUUCGCUCCCAUGCUCCACUGCGGUGUUGUUCUUUCUGUGCCGGGGAGUUGAAGUCACUUUGCCGAUUUCUUUGACUCAUUCAUUGUAAACCACUGCCAAUGCCAUGUCAGGAAGAAAUUUACAAGCCUCUGACAAUAUAUACAUUUAAAGCUCAUCACUAACCACUGUGUGUCAAAGUAUUUGGAAAUGAGUUGGCAUGUGUUGCCUUUGCAUGCCUUUUCCAUACAUUCACCUUUACCUUGACACCCCCCCAUGGAAGGAGAUGUGUGUGGGUGAGUGUUUUUCUUUUGUGUGUGUGUAUAAAAGCUGUUGAUUGAAUGAAAGUUUAAACCUCCGGAUUCAAAAAGAACAAUUUUCUUUGCUCCUUCCUCAUAGCAAUACAAACCGUACCUUCAGUGUUUAGACGAAUAUAUUUAAACCUAAACGACUUUGGUCUAAUAACAGAUAUUUUUAUGAAAGAAAAAAAAAUCCACAUUCUUCCCUAACAAGUAUGGAAAUCGCAAGUGUUCCAUUCUCAAUAUUUACAGUCAGUAUUGUUCUGAUGAGCAAGAUGAAACUCAACAUAAUUAGUCCAAUGAUGUUUUUGACUCUGGUGAGAGGGCUAUGAAGUAUCAGGGUUUGCACUUGAGAGGCUAAUUACAUAUUUAUAAAGGAGUAACUCUCACAGGUACCAAUCCCAAAAGAAGGUGUGUUACAUAUGUCUGUAAGAAAACCUGUGGAUUAUUUUAAUACCUCAUUUAGCCACCAUGCCAGGUAUUUGUAGUAUUUCUGACGUCUCUUUCCUUUUCUUCCAAGUCAACCCACCUCCAUCAAAUCAUCAUGCUAACACAAAGGUCACCUCCAUCCCCAGUGUAAACUGUCGUCUGUGUGCUAUUAACGGUUUGGUGUACAUAAUUUGAAAGGACAAUCGAUGUGUUUCAGUAUGUCAGUUUACAAAUUGUGACUGCUUCUGCUUUUGCUGUACAUCAUAUUGUUGUUCUUAAGAUGUUUUUACUGGCCUUUUUAUAUGUCCGAGGAUGUGCAGCUCAUUGCUUCUGGAAAAAAAGUGUUUCUUUUGACUCAAAUUUGUCUUUGCUGACUGAAAACUACUAUAACUAUUAAUGCAAAAAAAAAAAAAAAAAAAGUAAUUAACUCAACAUGUAACGUCCUGGUAGUUUAUUUUUUUGUUUAGAUACAAAAAUACUAAAUAGAAAAUGUACUGAAAUACUGAACAGUAAAACACGCAGUUACCUCUUCCAUCCACAAGACGGCGACACGAAGCUAGACUUCCUGUUUUUUUCUGUCAUGGCUCAUUUCCGCUUCCGUGUCCUUGGUUGCACUCUGUGGUAUCACGCUGCAAAAGCAUCCAGGAAAAAUGGCAAAAUUAAGUAAAGAGACCAAACAGCGGCUGCAGCAACUGUUCCAGUGUGGACAAUUCGUCAUCCGAUGGGGAUUUAUUCCUACAGUGCUGUACUUGGUUUACUUUGGGGUUGAAGAAGGAUGACGCGCACCUGCAUCAACAACCUCCACCCGAAGACCACGACGAGUUGGCCACCUGAAAGUCAAUUUCAUCAUCAUCAUCGGUUUAAAGUCCGCUUUCCAGGCGCCGCUGGGUUGGACUGGGUUCUCGAUAUGGCCUUCUUCCACCGGGAACGGUCCAUGGCCAUCUCGUGGUUGAUGCCGAGUGCCUCCAUGUCGGCUGCCACGGUCACCUGCCAGGUCUUUUUAGGUCGGCCACUGGGUCUUGUUCCCUCUACGUUAUACGACAUAACUUUCUUCACCCAGUCGUUCUCGUCCUUCCUCACUACAUGUCCGUACCAUCGCAGUCUGCCUCUCCUCACCACAUCCACUAUGGCCUCCACUCCCAUCUUCUGUCUCAGCUCUGCACUGCUCUUUUCUUCCCUCAUUGAAACACCACACAUCCAUCUGAUCAUUCUCAUUUCUGCUCUGUUUAGUUUGUCUUCGUGUUCUGUUUUCAGGGCCCAUGCCUCACUUCCGUACGUCAUACUACCUCUAACACAGGCUGAGUACACUUGGCCUCUCAUCUUCAGGGAUGGGGCCUUAGAUGUUAAAAAGGGCAUGAGUUCCCUGAAUUUCUUCCACCCGCUUCUCACCCUUGUGGUCACUGCUAGGUCCACCCCCCCAUCAGCGUUAAUCAUGUCUCCAAGAUAGCAGAAGCUGCCCACCACCUCGUACAUCUCCCCAUCUACCACGAGCCCCUCUCGCUCACCUGGGUUUGCUUGGGCGACUUCUCCCCUACACCGCUUGCAAUGGAAGGUCUCACUUGCAGCUAGUAGGCUGCCUUUUACUCCGCUGCAUCUUCGAUGUACCCAUCUCUGGCAUCCCUUGCACCGGAUAGAGUUAGCUUGCACUCCCUUCCCGCAAACUCCACAUGGCCAUGCUCCUGACUGCAAUAUCACUCCCAGGCCAGCACCACCAACCAUGACCUUUGAUUUUGCCGCAUUCACCUUCAUUCCUUUCACUUCCAGGCAUGUCUUCCAGGCCGCUAGCUUGCUAGCUAGGUCUUCUCGGCUGUGAGCCAUCAAUACCAGGUCAUCCGCGUAGAGCAGCUCCCAUGGUAGUCCACCCCUCACUUCCCUCGAUACCACAUCCAUCACGAUAGCAAACAGCAAUGGGCUGAGCACUGAUCCCUGGUGCACCCCUACCUUUACUUCAAACCCAUUACUGUCACCAACUCCUGUUCUAACAGUUGUGCAGGCUCUGCAAUAGAGAGCCAUCACAGCCUUUACCAGUCCCUCUUCCACACCCGACUUCCUUAGGGCCCACCUCACCACCUCCCUCGGCACCCUGUCAAACGCUUUUUCCAGGUCGACAAAAGCAAAGUACAACCUCUUCCUCUUCUCCUGAUGUUUCUCUUGCAUCUGUCGGAUGACAAAAAUUGCAUCUGUUGUACCUUUACCAGGCAUGAAGCCAUACUGCAUCUCGUCCACCUUUACCCGUGUCCUCACCCUCCUUUCCAACACCCUCUCUAAUAACUUCAUUCCAUGCUCCAGCAGCUUUAUAGCCCUGUAUGACCCGCAUGCGAGUGGGUCCCCCUUCCCUUUGAAUAGAGGCACCAGGACGCUUCUUGUCCAUUCCUCCGGAACGUGCCCCUCAGCGAUGACACUGUUACACAGGUCGGUCAUCCACUGCACACCGACGUCUCCCGCUGCCUUUAGCAUCUCUGCCACCACUCCAGAUGGUCCAGCUGCCUUUCCAUCCUUCAUGGCCUUCAUGGCUUUUCCCACUUCUGUCCGUGUGAUCGGGUCACAUUCACCCUCCACUUCGUCGCAUCCUGUCUCACCAUCCCAAUCAUUCUCCACGUUCAGCAGCUUCUCCAUGUACCUCCGCCAUACUUCCUUCACUUCUCUGUUGUCUGUCACGAUGUUGCCAUCCUCGUCCUUCACACAGUUUGCACCGGUCACAUCACGCCUCUCCUUAACCAUUUGCUUCGCUAUCUUGAAGAAGCUCUUUUGUCCUCUCUCACUCUCCAAUUCACUUGCAAAUUCUUUCCUCUUGGUCUCUUGGGCCUCCCACACCGCUGUCCGUGACGCCCUCCUUGCCUCUACAUACUGCACUCGGUCUGCCUCCCUUUUAGAUUUCUUCCAUACUUUAUGGCACCUCCUCUUCUCAUUCACCGCUCUUUCGACGCUGUCAUUCCACCACCAUGUCUCUCUUUUUCUUGCUUUACCCUUUGACCAUCCGCACACCUCCUCUGUGGCUUCAAGCAGAGCCUCCUUUAUUGCCUGCCACUUGCCAUCCACACCACCCGACUCCAUCAUCUCCUCCACUUCUUCUGCUAUAUGCUCAAUCUUCUCCCUAAACUCGUUUUUAUUCCCUCCGCUAUGUAGCUUCCACACCUUCAACUUGGGAGGAUACUUCUUAGCCCCCACAUACUUGAUCCACAGAGUUAGGUCUCCGAUGACUAGGCGAUGCUGAGAUACACACUCUUCUCCGGGGAUUGCCUUGAAUUUGGUCUGAGAUAUUUAUUUGUUAUUGUUACGACAUUGUCUUGAAGUCUGUGAGGUAAAUUUUGGAUUCUAUGCGUCACUGUAUGUCACCUUAAAUGGCGACCUUGCAGCAGUGAGAAGACCCUAAGCUAUUUUUGCGGUACAGAGAAGCUCUAGUUUCAGCAAUGUGUAGGUACUUAGAAUAUGGAAGGGCCAUUCGUCCGUGACCAGGAAGACCUUUGUCCAUGCACUUUUAAGGGCAUCGGAAGUAACCAGUAGAGUGAGACUCGGACCGCAGCUGUUGUCUUACGAGGUACAAAUGAUGGGGGAGAACAGAUAGAGAAAAGAACGAGAGCGCAAGGAGCGAGGGGCGCGCAGGGGGGCAAGAGCAAGAAGCGCGAGGGCUUUUUUGGGGCGAACAUCUGUGCCGUCGAGAGCUGAACCAUCCAUCUUUGCUUUUGGGGCCACUCAAACUUUUGGAGAGACAUCACUUUGACAUCGGUUGAAUAAAUCUUUUCCCAAUCA